AUGGCUGGCAAACACUCUGCAGCUCACUACCUGUACAAGAUACUGACUACUCCAGCAACAGCAUCACGAUUCUUUGCCUCCGAAAGCACAUUAUGGCUGGCGAAGCUAGAUCGUGCAAAGCUCGAGUCUGGCCCUGGCGAGCUGAAGUGGGAGGCUAGCAAGAGUCAUGGUGUAUUUGCACAUCUGUACGAUGCGGACAUCGAGGAGAAUGCUGUGACCGAGGUCAAGGAACUCUCGAGAUUGGACGGGCAGACAUGGGAUGAUAUGCUAAGUGAUCUGGAACCGUGA